CUACCCUGAAAACAGGCCGUGCCAUGGACCACACCCAGCUCAGGGGCAGCAGGAUCCUGCUGCCUCCAACCAAGCCAGCUCUUGGUAGAGUGAGACCCAUCCCCUCGCCCAGGGCAGUGAUGCCGUUUGAGCCUCCCCGUCCUGCUGCCUGGGAGCCCAAACCCACCAGCAGGCACAAGCUUGCUGUGGUCAAACCAGCUGUCAAUGCCAGGAGGGCUCAGCUGGCAGAAUGGCAAGCUGCCAAGGGAAAGGUGCUGAAGAGACCCCCAUGUGUAAUGAUCCCUGCUCCGCCCAAGAGAUGCUUGUCCAAGGAGCCCCCUGUCCUGUCCUCCUGGACCACCAUAACGGAUGAAGAGGAGACGAGAUCUGAGCCAGACCAAGCCAGCCUGGCAGUUCUGGAGCAGCCCAGCCAAGCUGGCGGGGGCGCCCGCAGGGAGGAGGCGGUAGUUCCAUGGGACCCAGCGACUCAGGGGCCCCAGGACUCAGUGGAGUACUGGGUCCAUCUCCAACAGCCUGCAGGGGCUGCUGGGCACACCAGCCCUGCCGGCAAGGGGCCUCAGCAUCUAGCAGAUGAGCAGUGUGGAUCAGUGAAGGCUGUGGACAAUGGCAAGAGACUCCUGUAUGCAUCUACGCUGCAGAUCAGUGUGUGGAAGAGACUACCCAAGCUGCCACGCUCUGCCCCUCACCACUCUUCUCUGGCUGCAGAGUGAACCCAUUGUGCCACUGGCCUAUAUCCCUUGCUCAAUCUGCCCUGGCUGAUCUCUCCUUCCCAAAUUCUUCUCAGAAGAGAUCUCCAUCCUGUCUGCAUUUGGAAGCUCCCAGGACUGUCUCUUUAGCCUCCCAGUCAUGCACAGCCCCCUCAAAGCCGCACAUGGCAUGGGGUAUUUCCUGUCCUAGCUGUUGAGGACCCUUGUAGGGAAUCCAAAACAUUGGAACCCUAAAGAGAUGUUUCAUGACAGGGAGGGGACUGAACUAGGAGAAGCUGUAACCCCCUAAAAGGGCUGCAGAUCUAAAUGUCUAUCAUUUUUUACGGUUGGAUCAGAAUUCCAGGAUUGCUCCCUUCUAGCUUUUAUAUCUAUUGUCUGUCACCAAGCUGUUU